AAAAGUGGGAGGAAAUGAGUUCCAAAGCGCAAAAUUGAACAAUAAAACUCAUGUAAAAAACCGUCGAUAAAUAUAUCCCAAUCUACUAAGCAUCACUGUCCAUUCCACCGCACGCUUCUUGACAGACUCUGCACUGAGGGCAUUCAGCCUUUUGGCCCUUUUCUUUCUUCUCAGCAUUGGAAGCAGCAAAUAAUCAAUUCCAUUAUCUUCUUUCCACAUUCUACUGUAACCUAUUGUGUCUUCUUCGCAUUGCUGAAUUUUACAAAAGAACAAGGGCGUAGUUUGUGGAGUUGGAGAAUGCAUUUAUGGCGUGGAGAACAAUGGACAGCUGCUACGGCAGCAAUGACGUCGGAUCGGUGCUUUUGGACCAACCCUUCAAGCUUUGGUCAAAGAUCAUAGACACCGUGAGCUGUGGCGGCGGCAAAAGGCCAAAGAAGAAAUCUGAGUCGAAAAAUUUAAUCAGUUUGCCGCAGCAGCCCAGAUCCGACAAGUUGUCGGAGCUUUUGAAGCAACCUGAGUGCUGGGAGAAUGAGGAGAAGGAUGAGGAUGUUAGGAGGAAAGAGGAGAAGCUGGAGGAGCUGAAGCGAGUGGCUAAGAAGCUACAGCAGCAAAGUAGCUUGGAGUUGGUUCUGGAGGGUACGACGGAGGUGAGGAGGCUCGCAAAGGAGGAUUCUCAAGCCAGAACUACUCUAGCUCUUCUCGGCGUCAUUCCGCCCCUUGUGGCUUUGCUCGACGCCGAGGAUCCCACUUCUCAUUCUCAGAUCGCCGCUCUCUAUGCUUUGCUCAAUCUCGCCAUUGCAAAUGAUGCAAACAAAGAAGCCAUUGUUAGAGCAGGGGCUUUGCACAAAAUGCUGAAGCUCAUUCAAUCUCCAAGCGAUUCGGCUAAUCUAGCAGUUACCGAAGCAGUUGUUGCGAAUUAUCUUGGCUUGAGUGCUUCGGAUUCCAAUAAACCAAUUAUAGGUUCUUCAGGUGUAAUCCCAUAUUUAGUGAAAACACUAAAAGAUUUUGAUGGAACGAGUAGUUACCAAACUAAACAUGACUCAUUGCGAGCACUGUACAAUCUUUCUAUCGAGACUACAAAUUUGUUCCCAAUGUUAGAGACCGAUUUGAUACCAUUUAUGUUGAGCAAGCUAGGAGAUAUGGAUGUCAGUGAGAGGAUCCUCUCUAUUCUUGGCAAUGUGGUAGCUAUAGGUGGUGGCCGGAAGGCGAUCAGCAAUGUCCCGGAUGCAUUUCCGACUCUAAUUGAUGUGUUGAAUUGGACGGAUUCUCCGGGGUGCCAAGAAAAAGCAUCCUACAUUCUAAUGGUUAUGGCACACAAGUCGUAUGGUCAUAGGCAGGUCAUGAUCGAGGCCGGAAUUGUUUCAUCCUUGCUCGAAUUAACACUCGUGGGAAGCACAUUAGCACAAAAAAGGGCUUCGAGGAUAUUGGAGCGUUUACGGGUGGAUAAAGGGAAGCAAGUAUCGGGAAAUUGUGGAGGCGGCGGAUUGUCAGCUCCUCUUUGUGGGCCGAAUAAUCAAUUGAAGAAGUCAUUAGAGGAAGACGAUGACAUGAUUAGUCAAGAGAGGAAUGCAGUGAAGCAACUAGUUCAAACAAGUUUGCAGAACAACAUGGAAAGGAUGGUGAAGAGGGCUAAUUUGCCUCAUGAUUUUGUUCCUUCAGAUCAUUUCAAGUCCCUAGCAUCAAGCUCAACUUCUAAGAGCUUGACAUUUUGAGAGAGUUGAAAAUUUCUGACGGGUUCUGUAGUUUCAUUUUUACAAUCAGGCAGUGUAGAAUGAUAUUAAUUAGAAUGUUAAUUUGGUAUUUUGUUGAUCAUUCUGGGUUCAUGUAUGAUACAUUAACAGUGCGUUUGGUAUCGAUUACUCGAGAAGUUUUUUGACUUCA